UUGUUAUGAUAUCCACAUCCUCAACCCUCUUGUCAGGGCGCUGCCCUCUCUCUCCUCUUUUUCUCCCCUCUCUUUGGAAUCCGAAUAAUUCCUGAAGAAUCUCAUCAAUUUCUUCUUCCUUUUUCUACCUACUCAUCUAUCCUUUCAUCGAACACUUUUUCAUACUUGCAGUUUUACAUUCUAUCGCCAUGGAUGCAGUCAUUGAGAUCGAUGGCCAACAACAGCUCAUCAACGCCGUUCCAGAUCUAUCGAUCCAUGACCAGGAGGAGAAGAACGAAGUGGUUUCUAGUAACGAAGAGACUCUGCAUCCGAAAACUUCAUUAUCUGAUGAAGAUCAUCACGGGGUUUGUGCAAUUUGUUUGAAUCAGAUCGCGUUACAGGAAACCGCCCUCGUAAAAGGUUGCGAGCAUGCCUACUGUGUGAUUUGCAUCCUCCGAUGGGCCACAUAUAAAAAGGAACCAACUUGCCCACAAUGCAAGAACCCAUUCGAGUUCCUCAAUAUCCAUCGUUCUCUUGAUGGCAGCAUCCAUGACUACAUGUUUGAGGAAAGUGUUUGCCUCCUCUUAAGAGCCUCAUGGUUCCACCCUCUACACAUCGAACCCCAUGAAGAACCCGAAGAUCAUCAUCACAUCACACAAGACUUCUUCUAUUCAUACGACUAUGAAGAAGAAGAAGAAGAUGAAGAUUUAGAUGAAGUCUACCUUGGACGCGCAUCAAACAUCAACAUCCGUAUCGGUAACCGGAGGUGGGGCCACAACGGGUUUGUCCGGGCGGGGAAACAAGAAGCCCGGCCCGUCCACCAACAACCACCGUCUAAUUUUCAAGAUUCCGGUGGCGCUGGCCCUUCAUCGCGUGAGCCAAAGAAGAAGGAAACCGGUGGUGGUGGUGGUGGUGGUGGUGCUAGGGAUGUGGCGGCGGUGGGGCGGCGGGCGAAGAGGACGAUGAAACGUGAGGCGGCGGAUAAGGCGGCUGCUGCGAAACAUCAGCAGCAUUUGGUUAGGCUCGGGCGUAACUGACUGAGUCGACUCACUGACUUGCCCUGGUUGGGUUUUAUUGUUUCUCUGUACAGUGUUGUUGAAUGAUUGUGAAAUAAUGGAUUUUAGUUUUUAGAUAUGAUGAUAUAAGGGGUUUUAAUACUGUGCAGUACCCCGUAAUCUACUAGUUUAUUAUGAUUAAGAUAAGAUGUUUUAAUUAUUUAUCUGGUGAAAGUUUUAGUUCAUGCUGA